AUGGAGAUAAUUAAAAAUUUGUUUAGUACGUCUAAUGUUAAUCAAUUGGAAUUAGACUUUAACAUAGAUGGAUGCGGUUUAGAUAAAUCAGGCAGGAUUCAGAUCUGGCCUAUUCAAUGUAAAAUUGUAAAUGUGCAACAUACAAGGCCAAUAAUAGUAGGAAUUUAUAAAGGUGCACAAAAACCAUUUGAUCCAAAUAUUUUUCUUCAAAAAUUUAUUGCAAAUAUCCAGAAAAUCAUGUCUAAAGGAGCUGAUGCACCAGCUCGAGCAUUUAUUUUAAAUCAUCAUGUAUCCUGUUAUCCCUGUUCCAAGUGUAAAGUUUUAGGUAUACGUUCCAAAGGUCGUUAUGUCUUCAAUGGUAAAAAUCAUUCUCUUAGAACCGAUGAGGAAUAUAGUAGAUGUUUGGACGAAGAUCAUCAUAAAGGGAAUAGUCCAUUAUCAAUGUUACCAAUAGGUCUGAUUUCCAAAUUCCUUUUGAGUACAUGCAUCUUGCAUGCUUGA